GUUUGUUCUUCCUCUCCCUCAGUCUCUCUCUGCCUGUGCCUGCCGUCCGAACCACGGAAAGGCCGCCCCAAUCGCGCCCACCGACGCCCACCAUGGCAAACCCCCGCCUUGCCCGUCGCCUCCCCGCCGCCGCCGUCCUCCUUCUCGUCCUCCUCGCAGGCGGCGCCGCGGCCGAUGACGCCUCCAGCGACGACGACCCGGGCGUCCCGCCGUCGCCCGGCUGCUCCAACAAGUUCCAGCUGGUUAAGGUGAAGAAUUGGGUGAAUGGAACUGAAGGCACCACUGUUGUUGGGUUGAGUGCAAGAUUUGGAGCUUCCAUCCCUAGGGAUAUUCACAAAGCUCAGAAAACAUUUGCAGUCCUUGCAAAUCCACUUGAUUGCUGUUCCAAUUCGACAUCAAAGCUAACAAAUUACAUUGCUAUAGCACAACGUGGAGAAUGUGCUUUCACUGCUAAAGCAAAGAUUGCGCAGGCUGGUGGUGCAGCUGGUUUGUUAGUUAUAAAUGACAAUGAAGAACUUUACAAGAUGGUUUGCAGUGACAAUGAUACUUCCAUUAAUAUUACAAUACCUGUUGUAAUGAUACCACAGGCAGCAGGAAAGAAUAUGAAGGGGCUCUUGGAUCAUGGAGCAUGGUUGGAGGUUCAGCUAUAUUCACCAAAUCGACCAGUUGUGGACCUCUCAGCCUGCUUCUUGUGGAUAAUGGCUAUAGGAACCAUAGUCUGUGCUUCACUGUGGACUGAAUUUGUUGCAUGCGAGCAAGUUGAUGAGCGUUAUAAUCAGUUGACACGGAAGGAUGGGCCUAAUUCCGGAACAAGCAACAGAGAAGAUAAAGAUAUCUUUGAGAUCAGUGCCAAGGGGGCUAUUGUUUUUAUCAUAGUAGCUUCAGUUUUCCUCCUCCUCCUCUUCUACUUCAUGUCAUCUUGGUUCAUCUGGCUGCUAAUUGUGUUAUUCUGCAUUGGUGGUAUUGAGGGCAUGCAUGUUUGCUUGGUCACACUUCUCACUAGGAUUUUCAAGAAUUGUGGACAGAAGACCGUACAACUCCCCUUUUUUGGGGAAGUGUUGACCCUUUCUGUUGUGAUUGUACCAUUUUGCACUGUAUUUGCAAUUCUUUGGGCUGUCUAUCGGCAUACUUCCUUUGCUUGGAUAGGCCAAGAUACCCUUGGCAUCUGCUUGAUGAUAACUGUGCUUCAGAUGGCUCGCUUACCAAAUAUCAGGGUUGCAUCAGCUCUUCUUAGUGCUGCAUUUGUGUAUGAUGUCUUCUGGGUGUUCAUUUCUCCUCUUAUAUUCCACGAAAGUGUCAUGAUUGCAGUUGCUCGUGGUGAUAACUCUGGGGAAUCAAUUCCAAUGCUCUUGAGAAUACCUCGUUUCUUUGAUCCAUGGGGUGGCUAUGACAUGAUAGGCUUUGGUGACAUUAUCUUCCCCGGAUUACUAGUUGCAUUCAGCUAUAGAUUUGAUAGAGCAUGCAAAAAGGGUCUCUUCAAUGGGUAUUUUCUAUGGUUGACAGUGGGAUAUGCUGUUGGCCUUUUCCUCACCUAUCUUGCGCUUUUCCUGAUGGACGGGCAUGGUCAACCUGCGUUGUUGUACCUAGUUCCAUGUACAUUAGGGCUUAUUGUUAUACUUGGUUGGCUAAGAGGUGAGCUUCAUGAUCUAUGGAAUUAUGGUAGAAAUCAAACAGAAAGUUUAGUCGAUGAACCAUAAAAGGAUCUCCACAUGCUAAUGACAUCCAUUGAGAUACUAAUUACCCAGUGGAUCAUCUGGAACAAUAUGAGAAGUGUACACAGUUUACCUUUGCAAGAAAAGUUAGAUGUAAUAUGAUUUGCUUACCUCUAGUAUAUAGUUUUAUACGAAGUAGUACUAUUCAGAGCUGCGUUGUACUGGAGUAUAAGUGUUACUAUACCCUUCACAUUAUUGUUAUUAUUAUUUUAAAACGAGCAGAUUCACUAUA